AUGUCUUCAUCUGCUUCAAAGAAACAAAGUAGAAAAAAUGCACCGGGUGCUCGAUUGGAUCCCGGGUGGGAUCAUGGAAUUGAAAUUGAUUCUAAUAAAAAACAAGUUCAGUGUAAAUACUGUGGGAUUACUCGAGCAGGUGGUGUGUAUAGGCUUAAGCAUCAUUUAGCUUGUACACAUACAAAUGUUGAACCAUGUCCCAGCGUUCCUGAAGAUGUUAGAACCCAAAUGUUUGAUUUACUAAGUGCAAGUUCUGAGGAAUCAAGGGAAAAAAAACAAAGGGUUAGUAAAAUGUAUGAUUUAGAAGAAGAAGAAGGAGAAGCUGGGCAGCAGGCUAAAAAAUGUUCUAUGGACAACUUUGUUGUGAGAAAAUUUGGGGGGUUGAAUGUGAGACAAACAACUAUAAAUGAGAAAUGGAAGAAACAAGAUAGAGAUGAAGUUUGUCAAAUAAUGGCUAGGUGGUUCUAUACAAGUGCCAUUCCAUUUAAUGCUGUAAAUAAUCCAUUGUUUCCUUUAAUGAUUAGAAAAUUGGGAGAAUAUGGAAAAGGACUUAAACCACCUUCAUACCAUGAAAUGAGAGUGACUUUUUUGAAAAAAGAGGUGCAAGAGACAUUGAAUUUGCUCAAUGUGUACAAAAAAGAGUGGAAAAAAGCUGGUUGUACUAUUAUGUCCGAUGGAUGGUCUGAUCAAAGAAAGAGAACAAUGAACAAUUUUCUUGUGAAUAGUCCAGCUGGUACUGUGUUCUUAUCUUCGGUAGAUACCACUAACAUUUCAAAAACAGCUCAAAAAUUAUUUGAAUUGUUAGAUGGUAUUGUGGAAAAAAUUGGAGAGGAUAAUGUUGUGCAGGUCAUCACCGAUAAUGCUUCUAAUUAUAAGGCAGCUGGAAAAAUAUUGAUGGAAAAGAGAAAAAGAUUGUUUUGGACCCCUUGUGCUGCUCAUUGUAUUGAUCUAAUGUUAGAAGAUUUUCAAAAGUUUGAUUCUCUCCACAAAGUUACCAUACAAAAAGUGAAAUCAGUGGUUACAUAUAUUUAUUCAUGGGGUACAGUUAUUAAUUGGAUGAAACAGUUCACUAAAGGCAAGGAAUUGAUUAGACCUGGAGUUACUCGUUUUGCUACUUCAUACUUGACCAUGAGAUGUCUUAGUGAGCUGAAAGGGAAUUUGUUUACCUUUUUCUCUUCGGAUAAGUGGAAAACAAGCAUGUAUGCUAGGAGAAAAAAGGGGAAAAAAAUUGAGAGCAUCAUUUUUGAUAAUCAAGAAUUUUGCCCAAAUGUGGAGCUAUGUUUAAAGAUUGCUUCGCCUCUUAUUAAAGUAUUGAGGAUGGUUGAUUCUAAUGAAAAACCAGCCAUGGGCUUUCUCUAUAAAUCUAUUGAUCAGGCAAAAGAAGAAAUCAAACAAAAUGUGAACAAUGUUCGAAAGAGAUAUGAAUCGGCAUUUGCUAUCAUUGAUAAAAGAUGGGAAGAUCAAUUGAGUCAUCCUUUGCAUGCCGCGGGUUAUUAUUUGAAUCCUCAAUUUCAAUAUAGUCUAGAUUUUCAGUCGGAUGCAAAUAUAAAACGUGGCCUUUAUGAUUGCAUUGCUAAGAUGGUUCCCGAAUCCGGUGAAAGGGUAAAGAUUGAUUUACAAUUAGAUGAUUUUCGACAUGCAAGUGGAUUAUUUGGUCAUGAAAAUGUUGUACUAACAAGAAAUAAGAAAUCUCCUGAUGAUCAUCAAGAUCGUGAAACCCAUGCCCGUCGAAGACAAAUUAAUAAAAUGAAAGAGAUUCAUGUUAUUGAUGAGGAUGAUGGGCCUUCAACUGAAUUCGAUCAUCAAGAUGAUGAUUACCUUGAUAUGGUUCCUGAAAAUGAUGUUCAAAUGGGAACUAAUGACUUGGAUGAUACUAAUUUGGAUGAUGAUGAAGAUAAUGCCGAAGAUGAAUUCCAAGAGAAUUGGGAUGGUGAAGAUGAUUGGGAAAAUAAUGAUUUUGAUAAUGUGAAUUAUGGGGAUAAUGAAUUUGAUGAAAAUGAUGACAAUGAUUGGUUAUAA